CAUAAGGAGGCGGGACCCUCACCGGUGGAGGUCGGAUGUCGCCUGACCGGAUGAUAGCAAGAAGUUUUGUUUUAUGAGUUUACGAAUGAUUGAUCCUCAGAUCAGUGCACGGAUCUUAACGAAUACGCCCUAAUACGCGGCAUCUGUCCGUCAGCGAGUGUUUGAUCAGUUAUUUAUCUCAGACAGACUGAUCUGAAAGGGUUUGAAGGGUGGAAACUGAGCACUUGGAAGUAACCCGAGCGCCCUGCUGCCGCGAGCCCGUUCCUGCGCGCGGAGAGACGGUCAGAAACCAUGGGCAACCGGGGGAUGGAGGACUUGAUCCCCCUGAUCAAUAAACUCCAAGAUGCUUUCAGUUCCAUUGGCCAAAGUUGUAACUUGGAUCUGCCGCAGAUCGCCGUGGUCGGAGGACAGAGCGCCGGAAAAAGCUCGGUGCUGGAGAAUUUCGUCGGGAGGGAUUUCCUUCCCCGAGGCUCCGGAAUCGUCACCCGCAGGCCUCUCAUUCUGCAGCUAGUAAACAACAAAGCUGAAUAUGCGGAAUUCUUGCACUGCAAAGGGAGAAAGUUUGUGGACUUUGAUGAAGUCCGGCAAGAAAUUGAAGCCGAGACCGACAGGAUCACUGGCUCCAAUAAGGGCAUCUCUCCUAUUCCCAUCAACCUGAGGGUUUACUCUCCACACGUCCUGAAUCUGACCCUCAUCGAUUUGCCCGGUAUGACUAAGGUUGCGGUGGGCGACCAGCCGCCAGACAUCGAGCACCAGAUUCGAGACAUGAUUCUGCAGUUCAUCACUAGAGAAAGCUGCCUGAUCCUGGCGGUCACCCCGGCCAACACUGACCUGGCCAACUCAGACGCUCUCAAGGUGGCGAAGGAAGUGGACCCUCAAGGACUGCGUACCAUCGGUGUGAUUACUAAACUGGAUCUAAUGGAUGAGGGUACAGACGCACGGGAUAUCCUGGAAAAUAAACUCUUACCACUGCGCAGAGGUUAUAUUGGUGUAGUGAAUCGUAGUCAGAAAGACAUAGAUGGCAGGAAGGACAUUCGUGCUGCACUGGCAGCCGAAAGGAAGUUUUUCCUGUCCCACCCCAGUUACAGACACAUGGCUGAACGAAUGGGAACACCGCACCUACAGAAGACCCUCAACCAGCAAUUAACCAACCACAUCCGGGACACGCUACCCGGCCUGCGCAGCAAACUCCAGUCUCAGCUUCUCUCUCUGGAAAAAGAGGUGGAAGAGUAUAAGAACUUCCGCCCGGAUGACCCUACGCGAAAAACCAAGGCCCUUCUGCAGAUGGUCCAGCAGUUUGGAGUGGACUUUGAGAAGCGCAUCGAGGGGUCCGGAGACCAGGUGGACACUGCAGAGCUGUCCGGAGGUGCCAGGAUUAACCGAAUUUUCCAUGAGCGCUUCCCCUUCGAGCUGGUCAAGAUUGUGUUUGACGAGAAGGAGCUCCGGCGAGAAAUCAGUCACGCCAUUAAGAACGUCCAUGGUGUCAGAACGGGGUUGUUCACCCCUGAUCUGGCCUUUGAGACUAUAGUGAAAAAACAGAUCCGCAAACUGAAAGAGCCCAGCCUGAAAUGCGUGGACCUGGUGGUGUCCGAACUCACCACCCUCGUCAGGAAAAGUGGCAACAAGCUAGGCUCUUACCCCAGACUGCGAGAAGAGACCGAGAGGAUUGUCACUACUUAUGUCAGAGAGAGAGAAGGCAAGACCAAGGACCAGGUCCUUUUGCUGAUUGACAUUGAGCUGUCAUACAUUAACACAAACCAUGAGGACUUCAUUGGAUUUGCAAACGCCCAGCAAAGGAAUGUUGUCAACAAGAAAAGAGCCAUUCCCAACCAGGGUGAAAUACUGGUGAUCCGUAAAGGCUGGCUAACCCUCCACAUCAGCAUUAUGAAGGGUGGCUCCAAGGAGUACUGGUUCGUCCUGACGGCCGAAUCACUGUCCUGGUACAAGGACGAGGAGGAAAAAGAGAAGAAAUACAUGCUUCCUCUGGACAACCUGAAGCUCAGAGACGUGGAGAAAGGCUUCAUGUCCACUAAGCAUAUUUUUGCAAUCUUCAACACUGAGCAAAGGAACGUGUACAAGGACUUGCGUCAGAUCGAGCUGGCCUGUGAUACGCAGGAGGACAUGGACAGCUGGAAAGCCUCUUUUCUCCGAGCAGGCGUUUAUCCUGAGAAAGAUCAGGUGGAGUCAGAAGAGGCCGCUCCAGCCGACACCUUCUCCAUGGACCCUCAGCUGGAGAGGCAGGUGGAGACCAUCCGUAAUCUGGUGGACUCUUACAUCAGUAUCGUCAACAAGACCAUCAGAGACCUCAUGCCCAAGACUAUCAUGCACCUCAUGAUCAACAACGCUAAAGACUUCAUCCACUCAGAGCUGCUGGCGUACCUGUACUCCUCGGGUGAUCAGAACAGUCUGAUGGAGGAGUCUGCUGACCAGGCCCAGCGCAGAGACGAGAUGCUGCGUAUGUACCACGCCAUAAAAGAGGCCCUCAACAUCAUCGGUGACAUCAGCACCACCACUGUGUCCACUCCUGCUCCUCCGCCCGUCAACGACAGCUGGAUUCCAGAGACAAGCCCCACCCCCCAGCACAGACCGGCUACAUCGGCUCCGCCCCCCAGCAGGCCUCCUGCAGUGAGAGGUCCAACGCCAGGCCCGCCCACUCUUAACCCCAUCCCCUCCUUUGUAGCCCCGCCCAUUCCCUCUCGCCCAGGCCAAGAUCCUUUCACUGCGCCCCCUCAGAUCCCCUCCCGCCCCGCCCGCAUCCCCCCGGGCAUCCCCAGCAGAAGACCCCCUGGCGCUCCCAACCGGCCCACCAUUAUCCGCCCCGCCGAGCCCUCCCUGCUAGACUAGCCACCAUAGUCUGACCGAAAGAAAGAGAGAGAGAGAGGAAGGGCUGGAGAACUGCACUGAAACACGUGCAUGUGUGUCUACACAUACCGCCUGACCAAUAGACCUAAAUAAUCCACUCAAACUGUUCUCUGAUCAGCGCUGCUAGGCUAGUCACAUCCGUACUUUUAAAGGCCAGAGGUCUAAAUUAAGCACAUAAAUAUUCAAAUAAAAUUAUUGUUGUUGUUAUGUUGUUCAAAUUUAGAGUGAACUAAAGGGUGAUAUGGCCUCCAGCUUUCAGUUAUUUCAUCACUCAAAUAGGUCAGUUGACCACCAGGGGGUAUCCUACUCAACUUGUGUUGACGAACCAACAUUACCUCCUCUCUGACUAGUGGUUUAAUGUGGGAUAAGAUGUAUACAAGCACUGUGCGAGCUAGUUGCUGUUAAACUAGCCUGUCUUCUUUCUGUUCUUGGGUAACUUAAGGGUUGUUGAAGACUCUUUCUUGUUAUAGACACACUUCCUUAUGUGUUUUUGUUUUCAUUCUGUUUUCUUGACCAUCUAACAUGAUCUGCUGAAACAAGACACCAUGUUGUUAUUGCUAUGUGGGAUUGAUUUUGACCUGAUUUCUUUGCUUUUCAUGUUCAAUUGGCCGUUUAUGUUUUGACAUCCUUCAAAACGGCACUUUUAAGUACCAAGCGACUGUUAAUUAUGACUCAGUAGCCGAAAAUAACCAAAUCAGAGAAAAGCAAACAUAGUCAAAAAACUAGACGUUGACACUCAUAUUUGGAGUCGUCUUCCUGUUGUGUCGGGAAAUUUGGUUAUUGAAAAGCACUUCUUGUUCUCGGGUGAUGGGAAUUUCUUAGAUAGAUAGAAGAGGAGGUGGGGCUUGUAUGCAAAUCUCUGUAAUGAUCGGUAAUGAUCAAAUCAAAUAAUGAUUUGUGUAUAUGAACAUAAUCCUGGAAGGCAUGGGCCGACCUGUCAGAGCUCAGAGCUCAGGUAACAUCCGUCUCCAAAUGUCGCUUAGCGUUCUGAUCAUCGUAACUUAAAUUAAUCUGCAUUGCGCUUUUAUUUUCAUUCAGGGAUAGUGAGGGUCGGGGGAGGGUUUAUUGGCGGGAAAAACACCAGGGUGCUACAGGAAGUAGGAAUGCACUCAAACACAGGGUCGCUGAACAUGGUACAUGCAGGUUUAUUUGCGGUCUACGGCGUUUGCUUUAUGGAACCAGUCCGCUCUUGCUUUCAAAGACACAGGGAACUUUCUGAACGCAAAAAAACAGUGAAUCUUUAACAUAGACAUCAUAUUAAUGUACUAACAAGUGUAUUUUUGAGUGUAUUAUUUAUAAUCUGGGAAUUUGUCUUUGUGUUGAUUUGCAUUUUUGACAAACUGUUUGCUUCUGAGUAGAACGACAGAUACUAUUCGCUAUCGACAGAUUUCUGCCCUUCGGUUGCGUUAACAAUGGUUGAACAGAAUUCAGAGUGAACACGGUCCAGCUGGUUUCCUGUUGAUCCUGUUUUGAUUGCGGAGUCUCUGAUGUUUGCUUUUUUUUUUUUUUUGAUGUGCGUGCAAGGAAAUGGGCCGUGACGAAUUUUGCUUUCUUGAUUAACUUGAGGAUACGAAUAGGGAUUUGGUGUGAGCGGGUCUUUGAUUUUGCAUCGAUUCGUCUGUAAAUAAUUGAAGGCUUGGAGUCGGACUUGAGAUGAAAUUUAAAAAUAUUAGCUGCAGAUUUCAGGGCCAAACGCUCUUUAAUCACUCCUGUGUGUUAUGGCUACAGUGAUGGCAACCGCUGCCCCUUCAGUCAUUUCGAGGCUUGAAUUCAAAUUGUAUCCAGUCGUAUGUUUUCUGAUUUCAAAUUAUUUCAAUAUCUGUUAAGAACUGGAUAAUGCUCAGAUCACUGCAGCCAUAACUUUCUCUCUAGCCAUUGGUUAUGGUGACCCGAUCCCCGUCUCUCCUUCUAAUAAUUGUCUUUUUGUAUGGAGUGAGGGACUGAGGACAUAUUUACCAUCCUUUUCAUGCUUUUGGAAUAACAAAUCAUUGUCAAGUGCCUGUGUAGCAAUUAAAAUGGAAAGUGAGAUGAUAAUAAAAGGUGUUGUGUAAAAUAAAGAUCUGGUUCUCUGGUG